UACUCCCACACAUCACAUCACAUGAUCUUCCCAAAAACGGCUCCUUGGACCUUUAAACUUUUGUCUUCGUCUUCACUUGAACCCCCGAAACCAGAACUUUCAAAACUUUCACACCACCCCCCAUUUUCUCUCCCUCUCAAAUGGAUGAUCCCAGCGUUGGAGGACUCAUUCAACAAGCUGUUGCUGCACCGGGAGAACCCAGCACUGAACAGACCCAGCUUGAAACAAACCAGCAAGAGCCUCACGAGGGCAUGUUCUUCGAAUCCGAGCAAGAAGCCAAGUCAUAUUACGACGAGUACGCCAGGCGGGUCGGGUUCUUGACCCGGGUUUUGUCCUCGAGAAAGUCGGAGCGUGAUGGGUCUGUCAUAUCUCGGGGACUUGGGUGUCGAGGAGCUUGUGGGAACCGGAGUAAAGGGCAGAGAGAGAGCUGUUUGGCUAUGGUUUUGUUGAAGAAGGAGAAGCAAGGAAGAUGGGUUGUGAGGAAGUUUGUAAGAGACCAUAAUCAUCCUUUGGUGGCUCACUUGCCGAAGUGUAGGAGAAAACUUGAUGAGAAGGAUAGGAAAAUUCAGGAAUUGACUGCAGAACUGCGGAUUAAGAAAAGGUUAAGCACAGCAUAUAGAGAACAGUUAAAUACAUUCAUGAAAGAUGUUGAAGACCAUAAUGGACAUCUAUCGGCAAAAGUUCAAUUAGUUUUUGACAACUUGAAGCAGCUUGAAGCUGAAAGGCAGGAACUGUUACACCGGAAAUGACUUCCAUAUGCAGAGUAUAUCAUCUUUUGCUUAGAUUGUUAGGUAUAUAUAAUGAACCAGAAAUGUAACUUUGUCCAUAGAAGCAAAAUAGCAAGCACUGACAGAGAGCUAGAUAGCAGUUUGUAUUACUACCGGUGAACAUAUCUAACUCAUCUAUAGAGUUGCUGUAAAGGAAAUAAUGCUGAAAACCGGCGCAACAUUAAAGCUCAUAGUUGCAAUUUUAGAUUCAAACUGGUUUCAGUAGGUACAUCAGAGCAGGAAUUGAAGUUUCACUGUAAAUUUGAGGGAAAAUCGUUCCUGUAUGCGUUUUGUCUUUGUUACUUUUGUUCCUUUGAUCACUCAUCACUGGUAGUCUGUUUUACUAAAACGAAUGUAGAUUUUA